CAAUAUCAACCAAUAAGAUUCCAUGUACGAUGUCGCGUUUUCAUUGGUCAGUCGUUGAAGCCUUUUCUGAUUGGUUGUUGCCGUUUUGACAGCGUUUAUGCCAAGAGCAAAGAGAAAGAAAUCGAAGAGAAGAGUACUUGGGCAUGCGCGAACGCACGGGACACAGUCUAAGCACAAACACGCUUACUUUAAGCGAAGAGGAGAGAUUCGCGAUUGCAAUGAACACGUUUUAAGUGCAGGCAUAUUCUCUGAGCGAGCGCAGAGAAAAUUCUUUCAAGAGCAGCGUGUAUCUGAGGGCGCGCGCCCAGUUCCCGCGCGCGAGCAGAGGGAUUCGCGCUCGGCGCAUUAUAUUCCGCGCGCGAGCAGAGGGAUUCGCGCUCGCGCAUAACAUUAAUGUACUUUCGCGCUACAAUAAUGCGCUCUCGACAUUUGACAGGGAAAUAACGCCAUAAAAUUUGUUUUCAAUAAGGCUAUCUGGUGGCAACAGCUAAUCGCACUGUGCAUAGUGGAUGACCGAAUAUGUCAUUACUUUGAUCAAGGACUCACUGCUGAAAUAGCUGUCUGUCUCUCAGUCAUUGACAACUUCCAGAUUAGUGUCAGACACCUUAGAAGAAGACCAUCACGUCUACAACGUUUUCGUAGACAAUACAGUGACGCUGAACGUUUGGUCAAUUUCAUUGCCAGCCAACUUGAGGGACCUGGACGUCUGCAUGACUGCAGUCAAGCCAGCCGCGAUUUAGAUCCAAGUGCGCGCAUAUUACAGUAUUAACGGUACUUUCCGGAAAGCACAUAACGUGCUUCUUGACUGCUGUCGAGUGCAGAAGAAAGCGAGUCUUUCUAUAUUGAUGAAAAAGCGUUUAUUAAGUGUUUGUGACGUGCUGCCUGGUGUUUAUUAAUAUGUUUGAUUUAGCCUAUGUGAAAGGUGACUGGUUAGAAUACUAUUGGAUAGGGCAGGUUUAACUUGCAUAGUCACUGUUGAAGAGGACCAAACCCUGAGUCGGAAGUUCAGAAAGUUGGAAUACGUGAACAACACAGCGAGGCAGUACAGAACUGUACUGGAACAUCUUCCCCUUUAGAAAUGGAGGACAAACCAGAGUGUUCACCAAGUCAUACCUGCCCGGGAGAGCCUGUGGGCAGUAAUAUCAAUGCUUCAUGCCUUGUCGGCACCAAAGUUGAGGGUAAAGCUGGGAAAAAGAAAAAAAAGAAUAAAAAGAGACAAGAGACAAGUGGACAUGGUGGCCGCCAAAUGAAAACACAUAGUUCUGGUGCAAACACCUCUCAUCAAGAGAAAACCCAGAGUGCACAGCAAACUUCAGUUCGGUCCACCUGCGACCAGUCAAUCCAGACAGAGUCUCCCCUAUCCCAAUCUGUCCAAACGGAGUCAACCCAAAUUGCUCCAAUCCAGUGUGUACACUCGCUGUCAACAGAAUCCAAGUCAACCCAGACACGUGAGACCAGUUUUUACUUGCACCAUGCAUACCUGGGAAAAUCUAUCACAGAUCAGUCCAUUGAUGAACAGGCAACCCAAUCCAGCUCUUCAAGCAAACAGCUGACUGUGAUCAGCUGGAAUAUAGAUGGCCUGGAUACAGAAAAUGUUUACGCUCGAGCCAAAGGCCUGCUGUCAUGCUUAGGAAAGCACCGUGCAGAUGUGGUACUGCUGCAAGAGCUUAUUCCUCCUUGUUUGAAGGUUUUACAGAACGUUAUGAAAGAUUAUGAGUUUCUGCAAGCCAAUGACGAGGGCUAUUUCACUGGCAUUUUGCUCAGAAAGGACAGGGUGCAAUUCAUCCAGAGCAACAUUGUGAAGUAUCCCACCACAGAGAUGGGUAGGAAUCUGCUAAUAGCAAGCGUGAACUUUUUAGGCCAUCCACUGUGCUUUAUGACGUCUCACCUUGAAAGCUGUAAAUCUGCCUCACAAGAACGCUUGAAUCAACUGCGCAGAGUUUGGAAAUGGAUAAAAGAGGCUCCACAGGACCAGACAGUUAUUUUUGGAGGAGAUACCAACCUUAGGGAUUGGGAGGUGAAGAAGCUUGGUGAACUCCCAGAUGGUAUCUCUGAUGUUUGGGAGAUGCUGGGGAAGCCGGAGGAAUGCAGAUACACCUGGGACACGUCUCUCAAUGAUAACUAUGAAAUCUCUAAUUCUAUACGCCUACGAUUUGAUCGAGUUUUCCUCAGGAAAGCCACAGAGGGUGCCCAGCUACAGCCAGAAAGCAUGGCCCUGAUAGGCCUGGAGAAGCUGAAGUGUGACUAUUUUAUCAGCGAUCACUGGGGCAUCCUUUGUACAUUUUCAUUUGGGACAUCAUAGGAACAAUUGUCAACAAAUUAUUUUUGUUUUAUGGCAUACGAUUGUACAACUAAAAUGAUGACUAGAAUGAACUGUUAAUGAAAUGCUCAAUCAUGGUGUAAAACGCUGGCAUAUGAACCAGUCAAACAUUGUUUGUAUGACUCUAUAUCCAGUAACAUCUGAUUCUGUACAAACUUAAAUAAUUGGUUUUAAUAUAGUCUUUAAUUUCUCCACUAGAGGGAACUCUAGAACAGCCUGUGAUUCUCAUUCAAUCUGUAGGCAAUAUCAACCACAGGCAUCCUUAAAUUCCUUAAAGUGCAUUACAUCACAUUAUGAUUAUUUCUAAUGCAUGUCUAAGCUUAAGGGUUUUUGUGUUGACAUGAAUACUGAAAUUGCAGAAAAGGUAUCAACCACAGAUUUAGGAUUACUGCCACUUGUGGUUUUUAAACCAUUGUAAUUCAAGAUCAUUUACACUAACUGGGUGACAUUGAGCAAUCAGAUAUAAAUGAAUGGAAAGGAAUAAAUUCUUUGGUAAGGAACUGGCAAACAUGGUUCUGUUUUUACUUGGAGAAAUUAUUUGCAGCACAUUCUGUCAACUGCGAAACAGAAUUGAAAUGUGCCAUUACAUUUAGAAGCAAAUUUAGAAAGAUGGCAGGCUGACAAUAAGAAUUGUUAUUUGUCACUGGCAUGGUUUCAUGAAUGGGAUUAACUAAAAACCAUUUACCAAGAAAUACAGUCCUCAUCAUGGUUAACUGGAUGGGCCCUGUGUUUCUACUUAGAAAUAUACAGUACUGUAUUUAGAAUGUUCCAUAGAUCUACUUCACUGAUUUUUUUUUAGUUUUUUUCUUUACCCCAAAUGUAAAAUGAGUCUUUGUUUUUACUGAUUUGAUUGGAGAAAUGACCACUGCCAAAAUCUGUCUUUAUAAAUGAAUGCCAAUGCCAUUGAUCAAAUAUUUAGUGCAGUAAUGGAUCAGCAUUCUGUUUCAUGCUAAUCCAUUUAGCUUCAUUCCAAUACAUUAUGAAAUAGGAUUAAUUUAUUGCCAUAUAAUUUCCACUUAAAAUAUUUAAUGGCAUGUUAAAUGCUGAAGUGUUCUGUCAGCCUAUUUAUUAAAGAUCCAAAUUAAGGUUGUAAAUGAUCAUUAGCUCCCACUGUUAUAAGAAACCCUUGGUGAUUAGUUCACCAAACUAAAAAUACACAAAUUAAUCCUCUUGAAAUAUUUGAUUCAGUGCUUAAGUUGGGCCAUGUCUAAAGUGUAGUUAAAUUGAAAUUGUUUACACCCAUCUGAUAAUCAUGUUUCGAAUUUCCAUACAACACCACUGUCUUAAUGUCUAAAUUCUAAAUAAAU